AUGGAUCUGAGCUUUGCCCUGGGCAGCAACCAGCUGGCGAGCAGCUUGCGAGGAACACAUGGCACACCGCUGUCCAACAGAAGGCCCAUCUGUGAUAGCGGCGGCAGAGCAAGUCGCCUUUCAGGAUCAUUGGUAGUGGCUUCGCUACUGGCUUGCCACAGACGUACGCAGCGAUCUAGGUGCCGCACAUCUUGCAAAGUCGCUGCGAGCGACACAUAUGUCAAAGCGUGGGUAGGGGACAUCCGCUGGGCCGGGGACUGUGGGGCCGUGGUGUCCCUCACUGGAGUCUACGAGAACUGUCAGGCCGGCUUGCCCAACCAGUUCCUGGCCUUUCUUGAUACCUCUCAGGCAGAAGAUUUCCGGGGUGCUCUCUUCAGCCCGGUCUCAGGUCCAGGCCAGAAUGAUGCUGCUGACGACUAUGUUUGCGAUGUUCGAAUACACGGUACAUCAAGCCCCUUUGGAGAGCUCGUCAUGCGAACGGAAUGUCCCAUCGACCUGGAUGCAGGAAGCCAAGAGGCACCGCCCAAGCUCAUGUCCGACGUGCUGGAUGAGCGAGAGCGGCGUGUGGCUUGCUCCGUAGGAGAGGCAUUGGCGACGUCGCAGCGAUUGGCAGUCCCUGCUUUGGUUUGUGUGGCCUACCUCCUGCGAUCGGCAAAGACCUGUAUUGACAAGGCUUUGCUGGAGGGGGCCUUCUGCCGCGUGUUAGAUGACGAUGUGGAGGAAUGCGACAUGGAGCUGUUGGAUUUGAGCGAUCGCCUGGGCCGGUGGACUGUGGAGGCAAGCCAGGGCACCGCAGAUGCGACGGAGGGCGGCCUUUUGUUGCAGGACCUCAACGCUUUUGCCUGGUACUGGAUAUUCUCCCAAAGUGCACUGCCUGUCAUCGAGGCCAGCAAACGCGACUGGCGAAGCUUCGGCGACUUUCGGCGGCAGUACCAGCAGGUCAUUCAAAGCUCAGAGGAGUUCGACAAAUUGAACAGCCAGCUUUUCGUCGUUUUGCUGAAGCAGCCGUCUGACAUCCAGGUUUGGGUUAUGGCGCGCACUGCCCUGACGCUGCGGCAGCCAGGCGCGCUGCUGCCUGGCUGGCCAGGCCUUCCGCCAGACCCAGUGGAGGUUAUCGAUAGCGACUCAGAAGAGCCUGGUGAGACCGAGCAGGAGCAGGAGCCUGUCUCGAGGUUGAGGCUGAAGCGAGAAGGCGGCGAUUGGGAGGGCGCAAAGAAGAGGCGCAGGCUUAUGCCCUGCGGCUCUGACGUCAGCACCGGCAUCAGCAGCCCGCGCGAAGGUAGCGGCAGCAGCGUUUGCAGCAGCUCGCAGCGGUUUCCGGACAUCGGAUGGGCGCAGGCCAUGUUCCAAGCGCUGGAGCAGAAGUUUGCAGACAUCACCGGAGGGCUGCACUCUCGACCUCUGCAGCUGGGCACCGACUGCUCUGGCGCUGAGGCGCCGUGGUUUGCCUUACAAGCAAUCAAACGGGAGUUGGCCUCGCAGAUCCAGCUGCAGCUGCAGCACCGCUUCGCCUGCGACAUUGGGCAAGCGUCGCGACGGUUCAUCGCUCAGAACUCACAGCCCACGCUGCUCUUUCGCAACUUGUUGGACAGAGGGGAGACAGGAUUUUGUCUCAAUGCCCAGCGAGAGCUGCCGGUGCCCUCGGACCUGGACAUCUACGUGGCGGGGUUUCCUUGCAAGGACUUCUCCCUGCUCAACUCCAACCGGCCCUGCCUACAGGGCCCCCAUGCUGCAACCUUCCACGGAGUGGUGAACUACAUCAAGAGGCAUGAGCCGCGGACGUUCUUGCUGGAGAACGUGCAAGGGCUGACCAUGAAGAAACGCGGCCAGCAACAGGCCCCCAUCGAGGAGGUUAUGGACAUCCUGCGUGCUUUGCCCUAUGAGGUGCGGGGAUGGCGAGUCAACUCCAUGGACUAUCACCUGCCCCAGAAUCGCACUCGAGUCUACAUCGUGGGUGUGCGCCGGGAUCUGCCGCUGCAGCUUCCGCUGGAGUGCUGGCGAGGCUUGGUCCGGGGCAUGGCGGCCUCGCCCGGGGUGCCGGCUCAUGCCUUCAUGCUGGACGACACCGAAGAGGAGGUUCAAGCUGAACUGCAGAGACUGGAAACCUGGAACGCGGAGCACGGGAGGAUCUGCUUCCGCGGCCCGAAGGGAGGACGCUGGAGAGCGACCAACGAGAAGAUUCGGAAGGAGUUGGGUGUGAGGCCAGAUCAGGGGCCCUUGAUCCCGAAGGGAUGCGGGUGGUCCCGCUUCCUCAGCCAACGAACGCAGGAUGUGCUGGAAUUGCAAGCGAUCCGCAUCUCCAAGAGCAAGGCGGUGCCGGAUCCUAUGAACUCGGACUUCUUCGCGGAGAUCUCUCGCAGCGCGCUGUACGGGUCCAGCAGGUCUCGGUCCACCCCCUGUCUGACGCCGGGCAGCAAAAUGUGGGCCUUCAAUCGCCGGAGGUGGAUGAUUGGUCCCGAGAUGUUGGCACUGCAGGGCUUUCCGGUGGACGAGCUGAACCUCGAGGGUUUCACCGACCAGCAGCUGCGGGUGCUGGCAGGUAACGCGAUGUCCGUGCCAGUCGUUGGGCUCUUCUUGUACUUGAUCCUGGCGCUCGUCAGAUUCCCUGAGGAGAAAACUGCAGCGACCCUGGAUUGAGAUCAUCUUCCUCAACCUCGGUGAAUGGCGCAGGGCAGCAGGGCAGGGCAGGGGCGGUGGCGGAUGUUCUGGUCUUGCCGUGGAGUAGCUCCCGUUGCUUUUCGGGGAAGCGGUUUUCUCUGGGAUGGGCUUGGUAGUGCCUUGCAGCGCCAUUCAGAUUUUGCAAGCUCUGCCGUUUUCGGCAUUGCUCUUUCAACGCUUUCAGCGUCCUCCGCUCCUUUUCCUUGUCACCGGCUGA